AUGUCCGCCACUGCUCUUGAUGACAUCGGCAAGGCCAUUUCCUCAGUGCUUCUCAGACCUGAUGAAACCGUUAAUAAGCUGUACCACAUAAACACUGUGAUAAUGACACAGAAUAAGGUUUUGGGGUAUGCCCGUGAGGCUGCUCUUGGAGCAGAGUUUGCUGUUGAACAAGUCGACACGAAGGCGUUGGUCGAAGCUGCGUGGAAGCGGUACAACGAAGGGAUACGAGACCGAGUUUCGGUGAGGGACUUUAUUACUAGAGCUAGCUAUGGCAUGGGGAAUGGGCUUUUACCAAAGACUGACAACGAAUUUCUGGGGAUUAGGCAAUGGAGCGAUGAGGAGCUCAAAGGAGAGAUAUUCAGGCGCGUUAAUGCCAAUCCGCCUGUUAGUCUCAAGGCCACGGAAGAGUAA